AUGCGGCAGCGAAAUAACAUGAAGAUGCGGGACUAUCUCGUGUGUGCCGUUGCAUUUGUUUCAUUUCGAGUUUCUACACAGUUCGUUGCGCAGCCUACAGAUCUCAAGACUGUCAAGGGCGCUGGAGGAGUCAACGUCCGAUUCAAGCAGGUGUCGAAUGGCAUCUGCGAAACCAAUAGCAACGUGAAGAGCUUCGCCGGCUACGUGGACGUCAGCCCGACCCAGCACAUGUACUUUUACAUGUUCGAAGCAAGACAGAAUGCCGCUUCAGCUCCUCUGACUAUCAGGCUAGACGGCGGCCCGGGAGCGUCCUCCAUGAAUGGACUCUUCACCGAGAUCGGCCCUUGCUCUAUCGAUGCCAAGGGAAAGGUGGUCGACAACCCGAAUUCAUGGUCGACGGUGAGCAAUUUGCUGUUCAUUGACCAGCCAGCGACGGUCGGCUUCUCGUUCACCAAUUUGGUGAACGGUACCGUGAACCCAAAGACCGCCGAGAUCGUGCCCCAACAGUGCACAUCUGCAGACCCCAUGUGCGGAACCUACUCAUCCAUGGACGUCUCCCUGACGCCCAACUCGACGGCCGAUGCUGCAAAGGUAUUCUACCAGGUGAUGCAGGGUAUUAUGGGCGCCUUUCCGCAGUACACGACGAACGGGAUACACAUCAACGGCCAGUCAUACGGCGGCCACUAUGUCCCCGUCUUCGCCGACUUCAUCACCCAGCAGAACAAGGCAAAGGCCCCCGGUACUGUCCAGGUGCCCCUGAAAUCCAUAUCCAUCGAGGACGGCUUCAUGGACACCCGCGUGCAGUUCGGCGCCUACUUCAACUACUCCGUCUCCCCGGGCAACCCCUACGACGUGAAGCCCUUCAACGACACCCUCCAGAAGCAGCUCUUCAACAACAUGUUCGGCCAAGGGGGCUGCCAGGAGCGUCAGAACGCCUGCAACGCCCAACCAACCGACAGGGGCUGCGCCGUGGCCGAUGCCUUCUGUAUCAAAAACGUCGAGGACUUUUGGGACGUCAACGCCGGCCGCGCCGAGAACGACAUCCGCCUUCUGCUUCCCGAGCCCUACCCCUCGGCCACCUUUGUAAGCUACCUCAACAGAGCCGAGGUGCAAGCCGCCAUUGGGGCGUCCAACAACUUUACCCAGGCGUCGGUGCAGACCGCCAUCGCUUUCGGCUCGACGGGCGACGACAGCCGCACCGGCGCGCUCGUCACACAGUCCCUGAAAAACCUGAUUCAGCAAGGCGUCACCGUUUCCCUCUUCACCGGCGACGCCGACUACGACAGCAACAUGAUUGGCGCCCAGAUCGUCGCGGCCCAGCUGGGCGCCGCCAACUGGGCGAGCGCCGGGUUCGUGAACCUGUCGGCCAACGCCGACGGGCAGGUUCCGGGGGAGGUGAAACAGGCCGAUAACUUUUCCUUUACGCGGCUCUAUUUCGCCGGUCACCUCUCCGCCUUCAACCAGCCCGAGGCGGCUCUCCGGGUCCAGGAGCGAACGAUCAAGGGGGUGGACAUCGCGACGGGGACGACGGCCAUGGUGUUUGGGAAGAAUUUGAUUACGCAGGGCCCCCCAGAGAGUACGUUCAGGGAAGGGCCGGCGACGGUGCAGACCAAGGUGGUGCCCAAGGGUGCCCUGUACGAUCCGCAAACGCAUCUGCCUGUGCUGCCUGGACGGGUGGCGGCGGUGGAUGGCGGUGAGUUUGGUGUAGAGGCUGACGAAGAUUUGGAUAUGGAGCCUCAUCCGCUGGCUGGUAUGACGGCGAAGAACAUUAGGAAGAUGUUGAGAGAAAACGGACCGUCACCGUUGAGAUUGUGA